AUGCUUAAUAUCUCCUUUAUACUGGAUGCAUACGUUAGAAUCCAUGAACUAAAAUAUAUUUUUAUUGUUGUGCUAUUUUUACUCUACACAGUCAUUAUCAUUGCUAAUGCACUGAUAAUCUAUGUAAUAUGUAUUGAAAGAAAACUGCAUAGGCCAAUGUACUUCUUCAUCUGCAAUAUGGCAUGUAUAAAUUUAUAUGGAGGCACAGCAGUUGCACCUUUUGUCAUAACUAGAUUUAUCACAGAGGAUUAUCAGAUAACAUGGAUUUCUUGCAUUGCACAGAUCUUUUUAUAUACUUAUGGUGGAUGUGACAUAACAAACCUAACAGUUAUGGCUUAUGAUCGAUAUAUUUCUAUAUGUUAUCCUUUAUUGUAUGACAAAAAAGUAACGCCUACAAAAGUGAUUAUAGGCAUUGUAUUCACAUGGCUUUUACCCUUUUUCCGAUUUACCAUCACUCUCUCACUCACGGCAAACAUUGACAUCUGUGGUAUCAUCAUUGAAAAGGUCUACUGUGAUAAUUAUUCAGUAGUGAGGCUAUCAUGCUCUGAUAUUUCAUAUUACAACAUUUUUGGCACGGCAAUGAUAUUUUUUUCAGUUGUACUGCCAUUUUUCAUAAUUUUCUACUCUUAUUUAAGAAUCAUCCUAAUCUGUUUAAAUAUAUCGAAGGGAGGACGAGCCAAACUCUUUAGUACUUGUGUCCCACAUCUAAUGGCAUUAUUGAACUUUAUCAUUGGGAGUUCUUUUGAACUUUUCCAAAGCCGGUUCGAUAUGAGGCAUGUGCCUUACACACUUCGUGUAAUACUUUCAUUGUAUUUCCUGACUUUGUCUCCAAUAAUUAAUCCAGUCCUCUAUGGGAUGAGAACACAAACUAUAAAGGAAGCUGUAAGAAGAAGACUUUGUAAUAAGUUACAUCAAACGAAAGCUGUUGCCAACUGUCAAUGAACACAUACACACAUAAAAACGUAAAAAGGCAGAUUUUUAUUUUUCCCCCUCCAUAUAUUGUUGGCAGUAUGCUAUUUAUAGAUAAAAGGUAAUCCCACUUUAAAAAUGAGUGACACAAUCAGUCACACAUCAAAUGAAUGUGAUCAUGUCAAACUACCUGUAUUUCACAUAUUAAAAUAUUUAUAAAUGUAAUCCGUAACUACUGCAACAAACAAGCUUUUAGUGAUAUCAAUGUGAAUAUUCGCAAUACAGUUUAUGCCACACUGAUGGAUUGAAGCUAAAAUAAUGAUUAACUAGGUCAAAACUAGGCCAAUCCAAGAACACAAUGGAAACACAAGACAUACAUGAAACACAGUU